CUCUUCUUGGUGCCAGCAGUUUUUUCCAGCUCCUCAGUCGACAAAAUCGUCACCCCAAGAAACAUGGAAACGAGGGCAUUUUAAAAAGAGAUGUCAAUCUCUGUAAAAAUAAAGCCUUAUGUAUUCAUGUUUGCACUAAUCUCCUCUGGGUUUCAUGAAGAGAAGCAAAGUGGCGACAGCACUCUAUGAAAGCUGAGGGAUAACGUGGUCAUUCCUCGGAGGGACAUCAUCAGCAUUCUGUGACAAUGAGCGCAUGGACUUCAGCUCAUUAAAAUCGACUGACCACUUUAGCUAACAGCCAGGAGCCUGGAUUCUGACUUCCAACCAUCGAUAUCUGUGUGAAAAUUGAUCUACACCCACCCUUUAAAAGCAUUGAUGAAUUAAUAAGAACUUUUGAAAACAAAGAAAAAUGGAAUAAAUCUUAGUAAAAGAGAAUUGAAUGUUGAAAACAAACUACAACGAGGCAAGACUUACUUUGCUAUUUAUCCUCUAAGAACACAUGUAAUUGCUACCUUAAAAAGAAAACAUGAACAGCACAUGUAUUGAAGAACAGCAUGACCUGGAUCACUAUUUGUUUCCGAUUGUCUACGUCAUUGUGGUCAUAGUCAGCAUUCCAGCCAAUAUUGGAUCUCUCUGUGUGUCUUUUCUGCAAGUAAAAAAGGAAAAUGAAUUGGGAAUUUACCUCUUCAGUUUAUCACUGUCAGAUCUGCUGUAUACAUUAACUCUCCCUCUAUGGAUUGAUUAUACUUGGAAUAAAGACAACUGGACUUUCUCUCCUGCCUUGUGCAAAGUGAGUGCCUUCUUCACGUACAUGAACUUCUACAGCAGCACAGCAUUCCUCACCUGCAUUGCUGUCGAUCGGUACUUAGCAGUCGUCUACCCUUUGAAGUUCUUUUUCCUAAAAACAAGAAGAUUUGCAUUCAUGGUCAGCCUAUUCGUCUGGAUCUUGGAAACCAUCUUCAAUGCUGUCAUUCUCUGGGAAGAUGAAACGACUAUCGAAUACUGUGAUGCCAAAAAGUCUAAUUUCACUUUAUGCUAUGACAAAUACCCCUUGGAAAAAUGGCAAAUCAAACUCAGCUUGUUUAGGACGUGUGCAUGCUAUGCCAUACCUCUGGUCAUCAUAAUGGUUUGCAACCUGAAGGUCUACCAAGCUGUGCAGCAUAAUCGAGCCACGGAAAACAGUGAAAAGAAGAGAAUCAUAAAACUACUUGCUAGUAUCACAUUGACUUUUAUCUUGUGUUUUACUCCCUUUCAUGUGAUGUUGCUGAUUCGCUGCAUUCUAGAGCGGAAUGCGAACUUAGACAACAAUCUAUUUGACCACAAGUCUGGGAAGCAGUCCUAUAAGAUGUAUAGAAUCACGGUUGCUUUAACAAGCUUAAAUUGUGUUGCGGAUCCAAUUCUGUACUGUUUUGUGACUGAAACAGGAAGAUCUGAUAUGUGGAAUGUACUAAAAUUCUGUACUGGGAGGCUUAACACAUCACAAAGACAAAGAAAACGCAUACCUUCUAUGUCUACAAAAGAUACUGUAGAAUUAGACAUCCUGGAAUAAAACCACGGAAUUUUUUUAAGGUUUACAAUACUGUAUCACCAAGAUUACAUUUUGAAAAGGAAAUCUAACAUAGGAGAAGACUGUGUUCCAUCUGAGUGAAUAUUUUAAUCCUCUCCAGUGGAAAUAUCUUAAAAACGCACUGUAUUGCUCCCUGACUUUUACUA